UAAAGAUGGCGGCGGCGGCGCCGAGCGGGGCACGGCGGUCCUGAGGCGGCCGCGCUCGGCCUCGCUCGCGGCCCCGGCACAGGAGCGGCGGCACCGCCGGGGAUGGCUCAGGUUGAAAGAAGAAAAGGAGACGUGCUUGUCCAAUGAAGAUGCAGUCUUAGUCUUCAGCUAUUUAAGCUGAAUGCAUUGUGAUUUCCAAUAAUUGAGACAGUGAUUCUGAAAGCUGUCUACAUUAAUGAAAAGAACAAUGUAGUCAGCUUAACUGAAUCAUCAGUGUUGCAUAUUGACUAGAACACGAUAACCCCACCCUGAUGGACUUGUGCAUGUUAGGAGGAUAGGCAUAAACAUUUACUAAAGCCUUGGUUUGUUCUUUUUAAAAGCCAGUAGUUUUAAAAACAUGGAGACCUAUGAAAGUGUGCCACCCCUCCCCAAAGAACCUGCGAGGGAGACGAAUGUGGAGAGUCCCAGUUGUCCCCCACCUCUGCCGCCCAGCGAACAGCCUCCACCACCUCCCCUGCAAACGUCCAGUGACGCAGAGGUAAUGGACGUUGGCUCUGGUGGUGAUGGACAGUCAGAUAGCCCCGCUGGGGACACGCACAGUCUCUGCAGAACUCAGCUGCUCACUAAGGGAUCUGCCUGCUACAAAAGCCGUCUCAUCAUAGACCCUGCCAGCGGCGAGCAGAGCCCGAGGACGGCCCGCCACGCACCCGCCGGCCGCAAGUUCAGCCCGGACCUCAAGCUGCUGAAGGAUGUGAAGAUUAGUGUUAGCUUUACUGAGAGCUGCAAGAGCAAGGACAGGAAAGUUCUGUACACUGGAGUUGAGCAGGAUUAUAAGGCAGAUGCGGAGUUUGGUGUUAAUAAUGUCAAUGGGGAUUUGCAUGUUUGUCCUUUCGGUGGUAGCAAUGGUAAAGCUGUAGGAAUAGGGGGUGACGGUGAGGACAAGAAGGAUGAUGAAAAUGAUAUUGAUCAGGAAAAGAGAGUGGAAUAUGCAGUUCUGGAUGAGCUAGAAGACUUUACCGACAAUUUGAUGGAAAUAGAUGAAGAAGGAGGAGGGUUCACAUCUAAAGCAAUCGUUCAAAGAGAUAAAGUGGAUGAAGAAACCUUGAAUUUCUCAUAUGAGGAUGACUUUGAUAAUGAUGUGGAUGCUCUGCUGGAGGAGGGUCUUCGAGCACCCAAGACAAGGAGACUAGAUAAUGAGAAAUACGGUGGGGAAAGUGAUCACCAGUCUGAUGGAGAAACAAGUGUGCAGCCAAUGAUGACCAAAAUUAAAACUGUCCUGAAGAGUCGUGGCCGCCCUCCCACAGAGCCUUUGCCGGAUGGAUGGAUCAUGACAUUCCAUAACUCGGGCAUUCCUGUAUAUCUGCACAGAGAAUCCAGAGUUGUUACCUGGUCUAGACCUUAUUUCUUGGGAACAGGAAGCAUAAGGAAACAUGAUCCUCCCCUUAGUAGCAUUCCUUGCUUUCAUUACAAAAAAAUGAAGGAAAACGAGGAGAGGGAACAAAACAAUGACAUAACCCCAAAUGGGGAGGUAUCACCCGUAAAGCACCUCGAUAAAUCCUCCGAACUGGACUGCCAGACAGAAGAGCCAGAUUCCACUGCUGCUGACUCUGGGCCUUUGGAUGACAAAGACCCCUCAGGGGCAGAUGCAGCACAAGGAGCCUUGGGACAAGUUAAGGCCAAAGUUGAAGUAUGUAAAGAUGAAUCUGUAGACCUGGAGGAUUUCCGGCGUUACCUGGAGAAGCGCUUUGACUUCGAGCAGGUGACGGUGAAGAAGUUCCGCACGUGGGCCGAGCGGCGCCAGUUCAACCGCGAGAUGAAGCGCAAGCAGGCCGAGUCCGAGCGGCCCAUCCUGCCUGCCAACCAGAAACUCAUCACCCUGUCCGUGCAGGAUGCACCCAUCAAGAAAGAGUUUGUCAUCAAUCCCAACGGGAAGUCUGAAGUUUGCAUCCUGCACGAGUAUAUGCAACGAGUCCUGAAGGUUCGCCCUGUUUACAAUUUCUUUGAAUGUGAGAACCCAAGUGAACCUUUUGGAGCCUCAGUUAUUAUUGAUGGAGUCACUUACGGGGCAGGAACUGCCAGCAGCAAAAAACUUGCCAAGAAUAAAGCUGCUCGAGCUACACUGGAAAUCCUAAUUCCUGACUUUGUUAAACAGACCUCUGAGGAGAAGCCCAAAGACAGUCAAGAACUUGAGUAUUUUAACCAUAUCAGUAUUGAGGACUCACGGGUAUAUGAACUCACCAGUAAAGCUGGACUCUUGUCUCCAUAUCAGAUUCUCCAUGAGUGCCUUAAAAGAAACCACGGAAUGGGUGACACAUCCAUCAAGUUUGAAGUGAUUCCUGGGAAAAAUCAGAAGAGUGAAUACGUGAUGACGUGCGGGAAGCACACGGUGCGAGGCUGGUGCAAAAAUAAGAGAGUGGGGAAGCAAUUGGCUUCCCAGAAAAUCCUGCAGCUCCUGCACCCACAUGUGAAGAACUGGGGCUCUCUCUUGCGGAUGUACGGGAGGGAGAACAGCAAGCUGGUUAAACAGGAAACCUCUGAUAGAAGUGUGAUAGAACUUCAGCAGUAUGCCAAAAAGAACAAGCCAAAUCUGCACAUCCUGAACAAGUUACAGGAGGAAAUGAAAAAACUGGCACAGGAAAGAGAGGAAACACGGAAGAAACCCAAGAUGACAAUAGUGGAAUCUGCUCAGCCUGGGAGUGAACCUCUCUGCACUGUUGAUGUGUGAGGAGAAAAUGCAAGUGGGGAGCAAUAACACAAAUGGAGGAACUAGAUUUUCAACAAUUAUUUCAAAAUUGUUUGCUGCAGAAUGCAAGAUAACUUUUGAAAUCCAAGCUGCUUCAGUUAUGCAUUGUUCUUUUUGCAUCAUCAGGGCAAUAUUACUUUUUCCUAGUUUUCUUUUUCUUUGGUUAGUUUUUUUUUUUCCUUUUUUAAUACCUCUGAGAUGUGUACCUUUAAAGGAUUGAUCAUAAAGGUCUCUUACUUGGCAGAUGCACAGAGGACAGGCAUGUUCACACAGGAGAAAAUCAAUCAAGCACUUUUUCCUGGGAAGCCAUCCAUGUUGUUGGAAUGGAUGUAUUUUAAGUGUGAAAUUCAGAAUAUCUAUGUACAGGUUGAAGCUGAUAUUAUAUAUAUACACAUUCAUAUAUAUGUAUAUAUAAAAGAAAUAUAUGUACAUCUUCUUGUAUGAACAUGCCUAAAACUAUUUUUGUGAAAAGUUUUGUUGCAUUUCAGCACAUAAUAAUAUGCACUGAUAAGACACUUUGGUGACAAAUACAGGAAAGUGAUGAGCAAUGUUCCUAAUGCCAUAGGAUUAGGCCAGUAAUGCUGUUUUUGUUUUGCUUCUUGUCUCCUGCCAGGCUUAGUUAUUUGAGAUCACAGGGCGUAGACUUUUUUACUACUUGAACAAGUACACCUGGUAGUGUUUAGAGUAACAGGUUGGAUAUUCAGAAUUACUGGGGCUUAUUUUAAAUGAGAAGAGCCUGUGAUAGUUUACAGAUCACUUGAACAGGGAAAACAUGGCCCUGGUUACACGAUUAAAACAAAAACUGUAGUUUG